CCACCCGGGGCUGCCAUGCUAGGUUCCCCGGGAGGCCGGUGGUGUGUCUGGGAACCCACUUUGAGGACCUCCACCCCACAGGCCUCCCUGGUGCGCGUGAAUGCACUCUCGCUGGUCUACCUGCUGGUGCUGCUGCUCCUGCCCUGGCUGCCCGGACCUGCAUGCAGCGGCACACGAGCAGGGCACGCGAUCCGGCUCCUGCGUGCUCUGCUGAGCCUCAGCCUGCUCUUCCUGCUGGCACACUUGGCCUUCCAGAUAACCCUACACACCGUGCCCAGCCUGGAUGAGCUGCUGAGUGCCAAACACAGCCUCUGGGAGAAUGUCUCGUGCUAUGUGGGAGUCACGAGGCUGGACCUGAAGGACAUCCCCAAUGCCAUCCGCCUGGUGGCCCCCGACCUGGGCGUCCUGGUGGUGUCAUCCGUCUGCCUUGGCCUGUGUGGGCGCCGCAGGAGGAGAGAGAGGGAACACCUGCAUGAUGGCGAGGAGAGGGACGUGGACACUGGCGUCCCAGCGGGGCUACAAGGAGUGCCCGCGCUGGCCCCCAAGCCCAGGACAUGGCUGGCUUCCCGGCUCCGGGCCACAGCCCACUGGCUGCUGGUGGCGGCAGGGCGGACCCUGGCUAUCAUGCUGCUCGCGCUGGCAGGCAUUGCCCACCCCUCGGCCCUCUCCAGUGUCUACCUGCUGGUCUUCCUGGGCAUCUGCACCUGGUGGGCCUGCCACUUUCCCAUCAGCCCCCUGGGCUUCAGUACCCUCUGUGUCAUGGUGGGCUGCUUUGCUGCCUGCCACCUCAUCUGCCUCUACUGCUACCAAACACCCUUUAUCCAGGAUGUGCUCCCGCCUGCCAGCAUCUGGGCCAGGGUGUUUGGUCUUAAGGACUUUGUGGGCCCCACCAACUGCUCCAGCCCCCACACGUUGGUCCUCAACACCAGCCACGACUGGCCAGUGUACGUGAGCCCGGGGGUCCUACUGCUGCUCUAUUACACAUUCAUCUCCCUCCUGAAGCUCCGGCAUCGGAGGCCCGAGGGCCAGAGAAAGGAAGCGGCCAGGGUGGACGAGGAGCCCGAGCUGGAGUUGGACCAGCUGGAGCAGGGGCCCCGAGGCCCAGAUGGGGUCUGUCAGGAUGGGGAGGCCACACAGCAUAUGAUCCCCACAUUCGUGGGGCCUGAUGCCGAGGCUGAGAACUGCAUUGUGCACGACCUGACCAGCCCGAGCCCUGUCCGGCAGCGUCCCGCACGUCCCAGGCUGGCGGAGCUGAAAGAGAUGUCGCCAUUGCAUGGCCUGGGGCACCUCAUCAUGGACCAGAGCUACGUGUGCGCCCUCAUUGCCAUGAUGGUGUGGAGCAUCACGUACCACAGCUGGCUCACCUUCGUGCUACUGCUCUGGGCCUGCCUCAUCUGGACAGUGCGCAGCCGCCACCAGCUGGCCAUCCUGUGCGCACCCUGCAUACUGCUCUACGGGCUGGCGCUCUGCUGCCUGCGCUAUGUGUGGGCCAUGGACCUGCAGCCCGAGCUGCCCACCACCCUGGGCCCUGUCAGCCUGCGCCAGCUGGGGCUGGAGCACACCCGCUACCCCUGCCUGGACCUCGGCGCCAUGCUGCUCUACACCCUGACCUUCUGGCUGCUGCUGCGCCGCUUCGUGAAGGAGAAGCUGCUGAGGGAGGCCCGGGCGCCCGCGGUGCUGCUGGAGGUGGCUGUGGCGGGUGCAGCCACAGAGCCCACUCAGACGCAGACACUGCUCCGGAGCCUGGGCGAGCUGGUCAGCGGCAUCUACGCCAAGUACUGGAUCUACGUGUGCGCCGGCAUGUUCAUCGUGGUCAGCUUCGCCGGCCGCCUGGUGGUCUACAAGAUCGUCUACAUGUUCCUGUUCCUGCUCUGCCUUACUCUCUCUCAGGUCUAUUACAGCCUGUGGCGGAAGCUGCUCAAGGUGUUCUGGUGGUUCGUGGUGGCCUACACCAUGCUGGUGCUCAUCGCCGUCUACACCUUCCAGUUCCAAGACUUCCCCGCCUACUGGCGCAACCUCACAGGCUUCACGGACGAGCAGCUGGGGGACCUGGGCCUGGAGCAGUUCAGCGUGUCGGAGCUCUUCUCCAGCAUCCUCAUCCCUGGCUUCUUCCUGCUCGCCUGCAUCCUGCAGCUGCACUAUUUCCACCGGCCCUUCAUGCAGCUCACCGACCUGGAGCACGUGCCCCCGCCCGGCACCCGCCGCCCCCGCUGGGCUCGCAGGCAGGACGCUGUGAGCGAGGCCCCCCUGCUGCAGCAGCAGCCCGAGGAGGAGGAGGAGGAGCCCUCCCAGGAGGAGCUCAGCACCCACGGCCCCUGGCAGGCCACACAGGUCCCUGAAGGUGCGGCCAGCAAGUGGGGCCUAGUGGCCGAGCGGCUGCUGGACCUGGCCGCCAGUUUCUCGGACGUCCUCACCCGCGUGCAGGUGUUUGUGCGCCGUCUGCUGGAGCUGCACAUCUUCAAGCUGGUGGCUCUGUACACCGUGUGGGUGGCCCUGAAGGAGGUGUCGGUGAUGAACCUGCUGCUAGUGGUCCUGUGGGCCUUCGCCCUGCCCUACCCACGCUUCCGGCCCAUGGCCUCCUGCCUCUCCACUGUGUGGACCUGCAUCAUCAUCGUGUGUAAGAUGCUCUACCAGCUGAAGGUAGUCAACCCCCAGGACUACGCCAGCAACUGCACCGAGCCCCUCCCCAACAGCACCAACCUGCAGGCGGCAGAGAUCCGCCAGUCGCUGCUAUAUCGUGGCCCCGUCGACCCUGCCAACUGGUUUGGGGUGCGGAAGGGCUUCCCUAACCUGGGCUACAUCCAGAACCACCUGCAGAUCCUGCUGCUGCUGGUGUUCGAGGCUAUGGUGUACCGGCGCCAGGAGCACUACCGCCGGCAGCACCAGCGCGCCCCACUGCCUGCUCAAGCUGUGUGUGCCGAUGGCACUCGCCAGCGGCUUGACCAGGACCUGCUCAGCUGCCUCAAGUACUUCAUCAACUUCUUCUUCUACAAAUUCGGGCUGGAGAUCUGCUUCCUGAUGGCCGUGAACGUGAUUGGGCAGCGUAUGAACUUCAUGGUCAUCCUGCAUGGCUGCUGGCUGGUGGCCAUCCUGACCCGCCGGCGCCGUGAGGCCAUUGCCCGCCUCUGGCCCAACUACUGCCUUUUCCUCACACUCUUCCUGCUGUACCAGUACCUGCUGUGCUUGGGCAUGCCCCCGGCCCUGUGUGUCGACUACCCGUGGCGCUGGAGCCGGGCCAUCCCCAUGAACUCUGCCCUCAUCAAGUGGCUUUACCUACCAGACUUCUUCAGGGCCCCCAACUCCACCAACCUCAUCAGUGACUUCCUCCUGCUGCUCUGUGCCUCCCAGCAGUGGCAGGUGUUCUCGGCCGAGCAUACCGAGGAGUGGCAGUGCAUGGCCGGCAUGAACACCGACUCCCUGGAGCCGCUGCGGGGCGAGCCCAACCCCGUGCCCAACUUCAUCCACUGCAGGUCCUACCUGGACAUGCUGAAGGUGGCCGUAUUCCGCUACCUGUUCUGGCUAGUGCUGGUGGUGGUGUUUGUCACUGGCGCCACCCGCAUCAGCGUCUUCGGACUGGGCUACCUACUGGCUUGCUUCUACCUGCUGCUCUUCGGCACAGCGCUGCUGCAGAAGGACACACGGGCGCGCCUUGUGCUGUGGGACUGCCUCAUCCUCUACAACGUCACGGUCAUCAUCUCCAAGAACAUGCUCUCGCUCCUGUCCUGUGUCUUCGUGGAGCAGAUGCAGACCAGCUUCUGCUGGGUCAUCCAGCUCUUCAGCCUCGUGUGCACGGUCAAGGGCUACUAUGACCCCAAAGCAAUGAUGACCAAGGACCAGGACUGCCGCCUGCCCGUGGAGGAGGCCGGCAUCAUCUGGGACAGCGUCUGCUUCUUCUUCCUGCUGCUGCAGCGCCGCGUCUUCCUCAGCUACUACUUCCUGCACAUCAGCGCCGACCUGCAGGCCACAGCCCUGCAGGCCUCCAGGGGCUUCGCCCUCUACAAUGCGGCCAGUCUCAAGAGAAUCGAAGCCCACCGCAAGGCGGAGGAGAAGUCCCUGGCGCAACUGAAAAGACAGAUGAGGCGCAUCCGUGCCAAGCAGGAGAAGCACAGGCAGAGUCGUGCCGGGCGAGGCCGCCCCCAGGUCCUGGAUCCUGAGGACCCCAGCCAGGAGCCAGGGCCCAGCAGCCCCGGGGGCUCCUCCCUGCCACAAAGACAGUGGUGGCGGCCCUGGCUGGACCAUGCCACAGUCAUCCACUCUGGGGACUACUUCCUGUUUGAGUCUGACAGCGAGGAGGAAGAAGAAGCCGUGCCGGAGGAGUCCAGACAGUCGGCACAGAGCGCCUUCCAGAUGGCUUACCAGGCGUGGGUGACCAACGCCCAGAUGGUGCUGAGACAGCGGCGGGAGCAGGAGCAGCUGCGGGUACAGCAGGAGGGGGCAGUACAGCUUCCCACGGGAGGUGGCCUGGGUCAGGAAGUGGAGCCAGGGGAAGCUAUGGAGACUGAGGACGAGAUGGCAGGCCAUAGCCACGUGAUGCAGCGUGUGCUGAGCACCAUGCAGUUCCUCUGGGUGCUGGGCCAGGCCUCGGUGGACGGUCUGACGAGCUGGCUGCGGGCCUUCACGCGGCACCACCGCAACAUGAGUGACGUGCUGCGCGCCGAGCGCUACCUGCUCACACAGGAGCUCCUGCGGGGCGGGGAGGUGCACCGCAGUGUACUGGGCCAGCUGUACGACGACGAUGACGAAGCCACACUGCCCAGCACCCUGGAGGCCCGCGAUGGGCCCAGCACUGCAUCCAGUGGGCUGGGAGCCGAGGAACCCCUGAGCAGCAUGACAGAUGACACCAGCAGCCCCCUGAGCACGGGCUACAACACCCGCAGUGGCAGUGAGGAGGUGAUGGCAGAGUCCAGGGACCUCGAGGCCAAGGCUUUGCUGCACGGCUCGCAGGAGUUCGCAGCUCGCUCGAGGACGCGCACGGCCAGUGAGCUGCUGAGCCGCAGGUGCCUGCACAUCCAGGAGCUGGAGGACGCGGAGAAGUUCAUGGCACAGCAGGGCCGAACGCUGCGGCUGCUGUGGGCCCUGUAUCAGUGCGUGGCGGCACACUCGGAGCUGCUCUGCUACUUCAUCAUCAUCCUCAACCACAUGGUCACGGCCUCGGCCGCCUCGCUGGUGCUGCCGGUGCUCAUCUUCCUGUGGGCCAUGCUGUCCAUCCCCAGGCCCAGCAAGCGCUUCUGGAUGACGGCGAUCGUCUUCACAGAGGUCACCGUGGUCACGAAGUACCUGUUCCAGUUUGGCUUCUUCCCCUGGAACAGCCACACGGUGCUGCGGCGCUAUGAGAACAAGCCCUACUUCCCGCCGCGCAUCCUGGGGCUGGAGAAGACCGAUGGCUACAUCAAGUACGACCUGGUGCAGCUCAUGGCGCUCUUCUUCCACCGCUCCCAGCUCCUGUGCUAUGGCCUCUGGGACCACGAGGAUCAGACCAAGGCAGACACAGGGCUGCAGGAGGAGCCACGCGUGGCCGGUGCCACCACCCAGGACCCUGUCCAGGUGGACGAGAGGGUCGGGUCCGGGGAUGGGGCCCCAGAACCCCAUGUGGACCUCAAACCCCAGGACACAAGGCGCAUCAGCCUACGUUUCAGGAAGAAGGAGAGCCCAGGACCCAAGGGCACAGUAGCCCUCGGAGCUGGGGAUGGGGAGGAGAGAGAGGCAGCUGGGAGGAAGAGGACGAGUCGUUGCCAAGAACGGAUGAAGGCAGCAGGGCGCCAGCUGCAGGCCUUCUGCCUGUCACUGGCCCAGAGCAUUUACCAGCCCCUGAGGUGCUUCUUCCAUGAUAUCCUACACACCAAGUACCGUGCAGCCACCGACGUCUACGCGCUCAUGUUCCUGGCUGACGUGGUCGACUUCAUCAUCAUCAUCUUUGGCUUCUGGGCCUUUGGGAAGCACUCGGCAGCCACGGACAUCACAUCCUCCCUGUCAGACGACCAGGUUCCGGAGGCCUUCCUGGUCAUGCUGCUGAUCCAGUUCAGCACCAUGGUGGUUGACCGUGCCCUCUACCUGCGCAAGACAGUGCUGGGCAAGCUGGUCUUCCAGGUGGUGCUGGUGGUGGCCAUCCACCUCUGGAUGUUCUUCAUUUUGCCAGCUGUCACCGAAAGGAUGUUCAGCCAGAAUGCGGUGGCCCAGCUGUGGUACUUCGUGAAGUGCAUCUACUUCGGCCUGUCCGCCUACCAGAUCCGCUGCGGCUACCCAACACGCAUCCUUGGCAACUUCCUCACCAAGAAGUACAACCACCUGAACCUCUUCCUGUUCCAGGGGUUCCGGCUGGUGCCCUUCCUGGUGGAGCUGCGGGCCGUCAUGGACUGGGUGUGGACAGACACCACCCUGUCCCUGUCCAGCUGGAUGUGUGUGGAGGACAUCUACGCCAACAUCUUCAUCAUCAAGUGCAGCCGUGAGACCGAGAAGAAAUACCCACAGCCCAAGGGGCAGAAGAAGAAGAAGAUUGUCAAGUACGGCAUGGGCGGCCUCAUCAUUCUCUUCCUCAUCGCCAUCAUCUGGUUCCCACUGCUCUUCAUGUCCCUGGUCCGCUCCGUGGUUGGUGUUGUCAACCAGCCCAUUGAUGUCACUGUCACUCUCAAGCUGGGUGGCUAUGAGCCCCUGUUCACCAUGAGCGCCCAGCAGCCAUCCAUUGUGCCCUUCACGCCCGAGGCCUACGAGGCGCUGUCCCAGCAGUUCGACCCCUAUCCGCUGGCCAUGCAGUUCAUCAGCCAGUACAGUCCAGAGGACAUUGUCACAGCGCAGAUCGAGGGCAGCUCUGGGGCGCUGUGGCGCAUCAGCCCCCCGAGCCGAGCGCAGAUGAAGCGGGAACUAUACAAUGGCACAGCAGACAUCACCUUGCGCUUCACCUGGAACUUCCAGAGGGACCUGGCCAAGGGCAGCACCGUGGAGUACACCAAUGAGAAACACACACUGGAGCUGGCCCCCAACAGCACAGAGCGGCGGCAGCUGGCCCACCUGCUGGAGGGCACCUCGGACCAGUCUGUCAUUAUCCCCCACCUCUUCCCCAAGUACAUCCGCGCCCCCAACGGGCCUGAGGCCAGCCCCGUGAAGCAGCUGCAGCCCAAUGAGGAGGCUGACUACCUUGGUGUGCGCAUCCAGCUUCGGAGGGAGCAGGUAGGCUCGGGGGCUGCUGGCUUCCUGGAGUGGUGGGUCAUUGAGCUGCAGGACUGCCAGGCCAGCUGCAACCUGCUGCCCAUGGUCAUCUUCAGCGACAAGGUCAGCCCGCCCAGCCUGGGCUUCCUGGCUGGCUACGGCAUCAUGGGGCUGUACGUGUCCAUCGUUUUGGUCAUCGGCAAGUUCGUGCGUGGCUUCUUCAGUGAGAUCUCACACUCCAUCAUGUUUGAGGAGCUGCCCUGUGUGGACCGUAUCCUCAAGCUGUGCCAGGACAUCUUCCUGGUGCGGGAGACGCGGGAGCUAGAGCUGGAGGAGGAGCUGUACGCCAAGCUCAUCUUCUUGUACCGCUCCCCGGAGACCAUGAUCAAGUGGACACGUGAGAAGGAAUAGGAGCCUGGCUCCUCGGCCCCGGGAAUGAAGGAGCUGCCUAUGGGCAGCAUGGCCACCAGUGUAGGUGGCACUCCUCGGGCCAGGGCUGCAGCUGCCACGUGUCCUCCCUGGCUCACCUGAAACCUGAUGCUGCUGUCAGAAGGACACUGUGCUCCCCGUGGCCCUCACACACCCAGUACAGCCAUACUGGGCCUGGAGCCCUGGCCCACCCACCCUUCCUCCACGUACUGUAGAAUUUUCUAAUUAAAACCUUUUUAUUUAUACAAAUGGA